CUGGCAGCAGGCGGGCAGGCGGGAGGGAGGGGAGGCCGGCGCAGGGCCCGAGCCUUGCUGCAGACGCUCCCCAUCUCUCCUCCCUGUAAAGCCCUGGUGGCUCUCCCCCUCCCUGGAUCCAAGGCGAGGGGGUUCUUGUGUUCUGAGGGAGGGUUUUGGAGCAGUGGAGCUGGGGCCUCAUGAAUCUGCCCCUUGCGGGGAAAUGACCAGCCAAUACAGACUUUGGUUGGGGGUGGGGGCAAGCCCUGGACUCCCAAUCCGAGGCGCAGGCCUCUUUGCUUCUAACCCCGACAUAGCUCUGGCCUCUGCAGUCCUGUCUACAAGCGGUUUGCAGACCCGCCGGUGCUGGCCUGAGAUGGGGCUGUCUGCUUUCGCUGAUACUUAGCCAUUAGUGGGCAAACCCCGGGCGGGCCAGGUGCGCAGAGGAGCUGCAGAGGAGGGAGGAGCUGAGGCCUGUGCUCCGGGCCCUAACGCUGGUGGUAUGGCUGGGGCCCUGAAGCCUAAUGCGGAAGGGUUUGGAGCUCAGGCCUGUUACUUCCCCUCCUGGGGCCUCAGUUUCCUCAUCUGUGAAGUGGGUCAUAGGACAGAUGUGGGGAAAACAGGGGAAGGUACAUGUGUGACUGACUGGCACAGCCCAUGUUGGCUGUUGUGAUGGUGCUUGACAUGGGGACCCCUGACUAUCGUUGGUCUUGUGCGGCCCCCAUUGGGGCCGGGGCACUGGCCAGGGGCAUGGCCAGCCUCUCACCCAGGCCCUGCCUUGCCCUGGCCACAGGUGGUUUCAACAAGUUCCAGACGGAGUACUCGGAGCACUGCGAGACCAACGUGGACAGCUCGUCCUCGCCCAGCAGCUCGCCGCCCACCUCCGUGCUGGGCCUGGGGGGCCUGCGCAUCAGCUCUGACUGCUCGGACGGGGAGUCGGACCGGGAGCUGCCCAGCAGCGCCACCGAGUCGGACGGCAGUCCUGUGCCGUCCAGCCAGCCGGCCUUCCCCGUCCAGAUCCUGCCCUACCUCUACCUCGGCUGCGCCAAGGACUCCACCAACCUGGACGUGCUCGGCAAGUACGGCAUCAAGUACAUCCUCAACGUCACGCCCAACCUGCCCAACGCCUUCGAGCACGGCGGCGAGUUCACCUACAAGCAGAUCCCCAUCUCCGACCACUGGAGCCAGAACCUGUCCCAGUUCUUCCCCGAGGCCAUCAGCUUCAUCGACGAGGCGCGCUCCAAGAAGUGCGGCGUCCUGGUGCACUGCCUGGCGGGCAUCAGCCGCUCGGUGACGGUCACUGUGGCCUACCUGAUGCAGAAGAUGAACCUGUCACUCAACGACGCCUACGACUUCGUCAAGAGGAAAAAGUCCAACAUCUCACCCAACUUCAACUUCAUGGGGCAGCUGCUGGACUUCGAGCGGACGCUGGGGCUGAGCAGCCCGUGCGACAACCACACGCCCAGCGAGCAGCUCUACUUCUCCACGCCCACCAACCACAACCUGUUCCCCCUCAACACCCUGGAGUCCACGUGAGGCCGGGCACCGUGGGCAGGGUCUCGGCCUCCCCAGGGAGCCCGAGGAACCCGGACAUCGCCUGUGCCCGGAGGCCAGGCCGACGGGUGCUGAGCGCUCACCAUCCGGGGGACGGAGCCCGGCAGCGCUCCCCGCGCAGGACUCGGAGGGGCCCUGCCUCAGACUCAGGGCUUCGGAGCCGAUGGGGCCAGGACACUUCCUGCGAAUGGCCCAGCCAGGUGGGCGGUUUUUAAAGACACCACAACCGAGUUCACUUUUUAUUUGGCAGGUAAACCCAAGCCCCGGGGCACCGUGAGGCCACGUCUUCUUGACUUUCCUUUUUUAAUGAAAAGUGUUAUUUUCAGGCCACAUGCAGCAGUGGAUUGUAUAAACCAGUAUUUCAUCCCUUUCUUGAUCCUGCGAGAGAGAGAAGUGUUCUCAGUUUUGUUUUCCUUUCUAUUUACAAAUGCCGUUACUGGUUUUU